ACACUCGAUUUCGCACCAUGCAAAUUUUGUGCGUGAAACACGUGGAUGGGUUGCAAAAAAUAAAAAUAUCCACUUAAUCCGUUUGAUCCUAUGAUUGUGCAGUGAAAUAUACCAAAAUAUUAGAUGAAUUCCGAAUAAAAAGAUAUACGUUUUGAGAACGAGCACCUGUCUUUGUCCAACAACAACACCAGUGGCGGGUUGUUCGAAUUUCGUAAUGGAAGAUCUUACCACCGAAAAUGUAGAUCAUAAGGAAAAUGAUUUAUUUUAUUUCGAAUCAGAUCACUUGGCCCUCAGAGGAAACAAAGAUUAUAGUGAAUUAUUGAAGACUUUAUUUAUUUUAUCAGCUCAAAGAGAAAAAGCAUUUAAGGACUAUGAAAUAAUAAGGAAAAUGAAAAAGAAUGCUCUUGAAGAUCCUGAAUCUUUCAUUAAGGCACUCAAAGAAGAUGGGUUAGAAAUUCCACCGAUGCAAAACAUUGCUCAGAUUCCAUAUAUAGAUUGGUACAGUUAUAACACGAAAGUUCCAGAAGAAGAGUUGAAAGCAAUUUACAGUGAUAAAGCUACAGACCACAAAGAAACCCUUGAUCUGGGCAGGCAUGGAAAUAAGAGUACUCAUAAAAAGUUGUGGACAUCUGAAGAGCAAAAACACUUGGAAGAACUAUUGAUUAAGUAUCCUGAGGAAGCUAUUGAAAGCAGAAGGCACAGAAAAAUAGCAAUGGAAUUAAAGACACGAACAGAGCAACAAGUUGCAAGUAGAUUACAAAAAUAUUUCCAAAAAAUGGCCAAAGCUGGCAUACCAGUUCAUGGAAAAGUGACAAAAUCAUCGUCUUUUCAACGAAAGGUAAGUUAUUCAAAGAAAAUUUUAACACUAUAUAUUAUAAUAACUUUCCUCCAGAAUAAACAUAAGCACAACAUGUGGAAGCCAACAACAUUUUUUCCUGAAUAUAACGUUUCCGUUUAUAUGGAUGAAACCGAGAGUGUCCCUGGACCCUCCCUACAAGAUUGCCCAAAACAAUCCACUUCAAGCAAUCCGAAUUACCUUUUACAAACUGAUUAUCAUCAAUCGGAAAAUAAAGAACAGACAAUAGAGAAAUCUGAACUUGAAAUGCAAAUGGAACUGUUGAGUAGGAUCAAGAUAGAAAAGGCUAAAGCAAGAGAACGGACUGAACCCUAUAAACAUUUAACAUAUAAGUGUAACUAUUGCAAUGAAGAACCCAUAAUAGGAACUAGAUGGCAUUGCAGCACCUGCAUACAGGAUUCAGUUAAUUUCUGCACAGACUGUCUUGCAUCCCAACUCUUUUCCGAGUAUCCCCACCCUGUAUUCCAUAGAUUCGUAUCAUUACCAAAUUCUGAUGCCAAUAAUUCUAAUAUGUCUAGUGACUCGGACAGCGAAAGUACAAACGAAAACUCAAAUAAUAACAUCAGUGAUAGUGAUGCUAGUGCUUAUAGCAGUGUUCCGUCUUUGAAAUCGAAGCGACCAUCUAAUUCAUAUGAUAAUCUUCAAGAAAAAAAUGGGACUAAUGGUGUAAAUGAUAUGGAGAUAGAUAGGUACCUGAAUGAUGUAGACUAUGAUGAAGAUAAACAGUUUGACUCUAAUAGUACUUCGGAUUUAGGAUAUGCUUAUCUCCAUUCUAAUUUGUCGAUGAAUGACUGAAUUUUUUCAUUGUAAUCCUAGGCUGUGAUUUUAUUGUAUAAAAGAAGCAUUUGAAACUAUUAUUUUGUAUAUUCCUUGAUUGUUUUUCAUUUCUACUUUUCAUAUUUUGUUCAUAAAAUGAUUUCAUCCACAUUGCAGAGAAAAUAAGGUAAUUAUUGAAUCAGUUUUGUUUUAAUCAUACUCAAAAAAUAUUACAAAAUGUUCAUUUUAUAUUUGAAAACUUUGUUCACAUUCUUAUAAAGAAAAAAUGGCUUAAUGCAAAACAAUUUUUCGAGUUUUCAGGUACAUUAAUGAAGCUAAGACGUCAGCAACUUUUAAUGAAAAACUUUUUUUGUCAUUUUCAUACUUUUCUAAUUAAAAAUACCAUCCUUGAAAUAUAAUAUCUGUUUAUUGCAUUAUGGUGAAGUCAAUAGAAAUAUUAUUAUAUUGAGUCAAGACUAAAGAGAAACAAUAAUUUUUUAUAUGUAUAGUCAAUAAAUGUAACUCAAAAUUA